GUAUAUUUCCUUUUUAAACAUGCUCUGCCGCCCCUGAGGCGAGAUUGCGCUACACCUGUCAACACCUUGAAAAACGUUUUGGUCUGGCGGACAAACUUUUGAAAGGGGUUGCAGGCUACAAUUCCCCUCUAGAUAGGCGUGCACUCAGGUCUAUUUACAAGAGAUCAGGAAGGAAACACGUUGGUCACUGAGAGCCGAAGUCAGCCUAGCCCAAUGGAAUGCACCCGGAACUUCAGUUCCUUCUGGCCAAAUUAAAAAGCGCGUCGUAAGGUGCAAUGUAGCCUACCUGCCUGGGCUAUAUCUACGUAUGCAUGAGCUGGCAACAUGAGACUGGCACGUCCCAAGUAGCCUGACGUGUGAGUCUCUGCCAAACAUGUCGGAGGUGCAGGUAGAUGAUAACGAACUGAAAGAAAUCGACAUAUGUGACGGAGAUAGCUGUUCUCAGAGUGAGAGUGGAGUUUUUGUAAACUCUUGUGCAUCGACCACGGAUGGCUUCUCUGCGUUUCAGCAGUGGACUUUAACAGGCCAAACACGGACUGAUGGCAACUUUCCCACGACUUCUGAAUGUGCCAUCUGGGCCAAAGGAACUGUCCAGGGGCCAACCGACGUUGCUCAGGUUCCAAAUGGCGAAGUAAACACCGAUUUCGAAAACGCUUUUUGUCGCAAUGAAUAUCUGGAAGACGAACAACCAAGAGCAGUGUCCCGAACUUCUAUCGUCGACUGUUUACUGGUGGAACUCUACGACACCUUCACUGGCAGCAGGAACAGAAGGAGCGUGGACAGCUUGGAUAGUUCGACCGAAGCGUCAGGUUCGGAUGCGUUCUUCGGACGGAGUAACUCGGUGUCUUAUUUCCUGCAGGAACUUCAAGAAAAGCAUACCAGGCGACAUCAAGUGAAAUACCUUUCCCCAAAAGACCCAGAGGAGCUGAAGGGGAUCAUCCAGGAGAUGAAAUAUCGCAUCAGCAUCCAGUCUGCCAAGCUGGUGCGCCUGGUCAGGAGGAAGGACCGCAUUCACGGCAAGCUGCAGAAGAACUACGACGUCAUCACUGCGUGCCUGCAAGCCUUGUCUCAGAAAAGAAGAGUUGACACGAGACUGAAGUUUACGAUCGAGCCCUCUCUCGGGAAAAAUGGCUUCCAGCAGUGGUUCGACGCUCUCAAGGCGGUGGCCAGACUCCCUACUGGGAUCCCGAAGGAGUGGAGGAAGAGGGUGUGGCUGACACUGGCCGAUCAGUACCUCCACAGCAUUUCUAUAGACUGGGAGAAGACACUUCGGUUUGCCUUUAACGACCGGAGCAACCCUGACGAUGACACACUCGGAAUUCAGAUCGUUAAGGACCUGCACCGCACGGGCUACAGUUCCUACAGUGGCCAGGAGGGGGAGCAGGACCGUGUGGUGCUGAAGCGGGUGCUGCUGGCCUUCGCCCGCUGGAACAAAGCGGUGGGCUACUGCCAGGGCUUCAACGUGCUGGCCGCCCUCAUCCUGGAGGUCACCGACGGCAACGAGGGGGACGCGCUCAAGGUGAUGAUCUACCUGAUCGAUAAGGUGCUCCCUGAGAGUUACUUUGCCAACAACCUGCGGGCGCUGUCUGUGGACAUGGCCGUGUUCCGAGACCUGCUGAGGCUCAAGCUUCCGGAACUCUCUCAGCACCUGCACCACCUGCAGAAAGCAGCCAAUCAGGACGGUGGAGGCAGCUACGAGCCCCCGCUCACCAACGUGUUCACCAUGCAGUGGUUCCUCACCAUGUUUGCCACCUGCCUGCCCCGCCACACCGUGCUGAAGAUCUGGGACUCGGUGUUCUUCGAGGGCUCCGAGGUCCUCCUCAGGGUGGCCCUGGCCAUCUGGGCCAAGCUGGGAGAGCGCGUAGAGUACUGCCAGUCUGCAGACGAGUUCUACAGCACCAUGGGCUGCCUCGCCCAGGAGAUGCUGGAGCACAACCUCAUAGACUCCACUGACCUCAUGCAGAUGGUGUACGCCAUGGCUGUCUUCCCCUUUCCCCAGCUGGCUGAGUUGAGAGAGAAGUACACCUACAACAUCACACCCUUUCCUGCCCCUGUGAAGGGCAACUCACGUAGUCCAAGUGGCCUGGAGGGAUGGGAGAGUGAUGAUGAUGCUGACAUGGAUGAUGAAGAUUCCCUAGUUACGGCUCUGGGUUGUUUGGGUCCGCUGGGAGGCUUUCUGGCGCCGGAACUACAGCGCUACCAGAGGAACGUCAGAGACCAGCAUGGGGAGCAGAGUCCCCGCAGCAGUAACAUGGCGGGGGUGUCCCCGGGAGCGGUGGGUGCGGUGGGGUCCGGUCGGGCGGAGCACCAGGCGGCCAUCAACAGCAUGAUGCUGGAGCGCAUGAGCACCGACAUCACCGCGCUGAGGAAACAGUACUCACGCAUCAAGACACGACAGCAGCAACAGGCCAACCUGCUCUACAUAAGAACAGGUCCUGGUCCAGAGGCCUUGUCUGGGGCCUCGUGUGAACCCCAGAGUAAUGAUAAGUGUCCGGCCACCAGCGUCCUGGCCUCCCAGGUGCACCCCUCCCCCGUGGUCAACCACCUCCUUCUGGGGAGGAGGCCUCGAGGAGCCCCCCUACGGAACUCCGGGAGCAGCCCGGGUGGGGCGCUGCGCGGGGCCCCCCAGGGCCAGUCCACCCCUCUGGACGAGGCGGUGCGGAGCCGGCUGGAGUCGCCGUGGCGAGCCCACGUGCGGACCCACCGUAGGAACAUCGCCAGGGCAUGUGCCCAGCUGGAGUUCGAUGACCCCGAAAAAGCGGAUGAGGGGGCGGAGGAGGAGGAGGAGGCGGCGACGGACUCGCCUGGGACCCCGACCACAGAGGCGGAGCAACAGGGGGUGGAUUCACAGGAUGAAGAGGAGAAGGGAGAGACAAGAGAGGAGGAGAGGGAGGAGGAGGAGGAGGAGGAGAGGAAAUGUGAGAAAGAGACUGCACAGGUGGAGGGAGUGCAGGAGGCAGAGGAGGUGGUACAGGGGGAGGUGUCUGAAGAGGAGGUGCCUAAGGAGGAGGUAGUGACAGAAAGCUUCUCACAGGACUCCAGACUGGAUGGUGUGGAUGGAGAAAGGGAGGAGCAGCAGGAGGAGGAUAAGGAACGGAUCGGACCGGUGGAACAACGUUUGGCCUCCCUGGAGCUGGACUCAGAACCGGAACUCACGACACCCUCCAGCACAUCGGAACCCACACCGGCGCCGACGCCGACGCCACAGCCAGAAAUGGAGCCGGCACUGGACUCCUCCAGCUCAGAGUCCUCCUGCUCCGCCAGGCGGAUGCCCACCUCCGCUUCUACCCCCGCAGGGCUGUCCAAGUACCAGCAGCAGCCCCUGCCCUUCUCCCCCUUCCCCUGCCUCAAGGUGCCCCGGAAGUCAACGGCUGCGCGGAACUUGGGGCUGUACGGCCCGACGUCACGCACGCCCACCGUGCACUUCCCCCAGAUGAGCAAGGGCAUGAGCCGGCUGAGCAGCAGCAGUAGCAGUAACGCCCUCUCCACCAGGAGGCGAUGAUGAGCAGCCUCUCCCUCUCCCUCUUCCUCUUCCUCUCUGAUUCUGCGUGUGAACAUGUUUUUGUGUUUCUUGGACUCUCAUGCACUCCUGAUGAAAAACUGUUUGGUGACACAAGCAAGGCUCAGGGACCGAGAUGUCCUAUAUGAAGAGGCACUGUACUCACUCUCUUACGCACACAUACACACACCGAUACAAAUGUACAUGUAUGCACACAUGCACACAUACACACACACACCCCAGCUUUCAAUCCUUCACACACACCCAUGUACAC